UUAUUAUGCAAGGAAAUAAAAAAAGAAAGAAACUAGAAUGGUGGUAAAAGGACAAUAAGGUCACAUGAACUGAACCAGAUUUAUUCAUGGGUCCCUCUAAAUUGGUUCUCUUGCCCAUAUCUCUCCAUCAUUCUCAUCAUAACACUGCUGAUUUCUCUCUUCUUGUUUUCUCAUUCUUCUUCUGAAAAAUCUUGACAACUUUUUUUUUGUUUUUGUUUUCUUUCUCUGGAUUUAAAAGAGCUAUAGCUAUUGCUUGAAACAGUAAGAGAUAUAGAUAUAGAGAGACAGAGAAAGAUGAUGAUCAGUGAAGUUAGGCUAAACCCACUUUCUAUUUAUGUAUAAUUAGGUCAAUCACAUCACCAAUCUAACCUUUUCUCCUCCUCCAAUUCUCUUCCUAAAUCUAGGGUUUUGCUUGUAUCUCCUCCUUUCUCAAUUCCCUCCGGAAGCUGUGAAUUCAUCAAAUUCCAUUCUCAAAACCAAUUCUUGGUCACACCCUUAAGAGAUCUGGGUUCUAAAGAUGAUGACAGAUUUAUCUCUCACAAGAGAUGAAGAUGAAGAAGAAGAAGCAAAGCCCUUAGAAGAAGAAGGAGCAGGAACGAGAGAAGUAGCAGAGAGAGAGCACAUGUUCGACAAAGUUGUGACUCCAAGUGAUGUCGGAAAACUAAACCGACUUGUGAUCCCAAAGCAACACGCAGAGAGAUUCUUCCCUUUAGAUUCAUCUUCUAACGAGAAAGGUUUGCUUUUAAACUUCGAAGAUCUCACAGGCAAAUCAUGGAGGUUCCGUUACUCUUACUGGAACAGUAGUCAAAGCUAUGUCAUGACUAAAGGUUGGAGCAGAUUCGUUAAAGACAAAAAGCUUGACGCCGGAGAUAUUGUCUCUUUUCAAAGAUGUGUCGGAGAUUCAGGAAGAGAUAGUCGUUUGUUUAUUGAUUGGAGGAGACGACCUAAAGUCCCUGACCAUCCUCAUUUCGCCGCCGGAGCUAUGUUCCCUAGGUUUUACAGCUUUCCUUCGACGAGUUACAAUCUGUAUAAUCAUCAGCAGCAACGUCAUCAUCACGGCGGUGGUUAUAAUUACCAUCAAAUUCCGAGAGAAUUUGGUUAUGGUUACUUCGUUAGGUCAGUGGAUCAGAGGAAUAAUCCGGCGGCUGCGGUGGCUGAUCCGUUGGUGAUCGAAUCUGUGCCGGUGAUGAUGCACGGAAGAGCUAAUCAGGAACUUGUUGGAACGGCCGGGAAGAGACUGAGGCUUUUUGGAGUUGACAUGGAAUGCGGCGAGAGCGGAAUGACCAACAGUACGGAGGAGGAAUCAUCAUCUUCCGGUGGAAGUUUACCACGUGGCGGUGGUGGUGGUGGUGCUUCGUCUUCCUCUUUCUUUCAGCUGAGACUUGGGAGUAGCAGUGAAGAUGACCACUUCACUAAGAAAGGAAAGUCUUCAUUGUCUUUUGAUUUGGAUCAAUAAUAAUUAUGAUGAAAUAUUAGUUGGUAUUUUAAGAAAAAAUAAUACACAUAUAUAAUUCUAUAUAUAUGACAACAUAAUGCAUUGAUUUCAUUAUAAAUU